UCUUUAUACCCAGGUCUCUGUGCGCGCUUGUUUCGUCUUCGUUCGCCGCCAUCAUCUUACGAAGACGAAAGAGGUUGGUUUUGCUGAUUUUCCUGUGGCAGUGCCGUUUUACGAAAGCUAGCACAAAUGAAGAUGGUGGAUAAAAUAGAAAUGAGCCUGGAUGAUAUUAUCAAGCAAAACAAAGGGAGUAGACCGCGCGGCGGCGGUAGCAGACGAGGAAGAGGCGCCGGUAACUCACCUCGUAGAGGAAUACGCAGACCUCAAAGAGUUGGUGGUGGCGUCAUGCGAGGACGCAGUCGUGGUGGCAUUACACGAAGUUCUCUUCCAUACACAAGGGGUGAUGUAAACAGUGCAUGGAAGCAUGAUAUGUUUGAUGGAGUAAAAAAGGUUGGCCGAAGUGCGAUAGGUAGUACAGGAACAACCAAGCUACUUGUGUCCAAUUUGGAUUUUGGUGUAUCAGAUUCAGAUAUUCAGGAAUUAUUUAGUGAAUUUGGUCCCUUGAAGUCAGCUGCAGUACAUUAUGAUAGGUCAGGUCGAUCUUUGGGAUCUGCAGAUGUUAUAUUUGAAAGAAGAGCAGAUGCUAUUAAAGCAAUGAAACAGUACAAUGGUGUACCAUUAGAUGGUCGUGAAAUGAACAUACAAGUUGCUACCUCUGAAAUACCAGUCACAUCUAUCCGUGGAGGCCCGAGACUUACUGGCAGUAAUUAUACACAGAGACCUCAGUCCCGCUUUAGGGGUAAUCGUGGAACAGGCCCCAUCAGAGGACGUGGAACCGGUCGACGUGGUGGUAGAGGAGGCAGUCGGCAAGUGAUGAAAACUCCCACCGCUGAAGAACUAGAUGCUGAAUUGGAAGCUUAUGUUAAAGAAGUAAAGUAACAACGUCACAAACCUUCACUCUUAAGUUUUUGUUCAGAAUCGACUUAACACGAUACAAUGUGUUUUCCUAAUUUUCAUGAGAAUAUAUAAAAUAAGUAAUACCUGUAUCAUUAGCAAAAUGUUAUAACAAAUUUAUUUUAAACGAGUCUUUUUUAUUUUUGACGUUUUCUCUGGAAAUUGGCAUACAAAUUUUACAGACUUAAGAAAGAUGAUUUAUAGAAGUUCAUAAUUUUUUUAUGACACCGCAACAGACAGGAAUGAAAAAAUAAAAAAAAGUUACGAUGUAAAGACUGUAUGGAUUUGUAUGUACUAUCGUGCGUGUGUGGUUAUCAGAUGAAAAAUACAGUAAAAUUCAUCUUUAAAAGUUGUUGUUUAUCAAAGUACAGAACGUGCUUCUAGCCCUCAAUCUAAUUUUUGAUUCAUAGAAUAACGAGUGAUCUAAGUAUCCAUUUUUAAACUUAGUUUACACCUUGUAGAUUAUCCUAUUAUACAGUAUAUAUGUCAAUUACUAUUAUAUAUUAAUAGUACCUUAAUAAUACCUUUGUACAUUAUGUUUAUCGAAUUGUUUUCUUACCAUGGAUAAUGAAAUUUACCACUAUGCGUAGUUAAUAGCUCAUAGUGGAAUAAGGCUGUGACAUACUGUUAUCUAGUCAACAACUAAUGAAAUAUUUUACUGUGCAGUAAUGGGCUUGUAAGACAAUGUAUACGCUCCUAAAUAUUCAGCGUAUGAAUGGCAAUGCAGUGGCACAAGACUGAAGCAAACAAACUGACGAGUCGUUACCUAAUAAAUAACAAUACUCUUGA